AUGAGACCGACAGUAACCUCCGUUCUGGCCCUGCGGCCUCUCGUCAGCGCCUCUUCCCCGGCAGCUUCGACGUCUUGCUCGACAUGGCCAUCGUCCUCGACCGCAUGCGCCGUAGCUCGUCUGAUGUCCCGAUCGUACGCCACACAGAACAGCCUAGGAACGACCCCUACGCCCCAGCCCCGCCGUCGGACAAUCACCCCCUUCAACGAUGACGGCCGCGUCGCUUGGAAGGAUCUCUCGUCCGGUGAGAAGGCGUCUAGGGCUACCCAGCAGACCUUCAACUUUGGCAUGAUAGUUGUCGGUCUCGUGCUGACGGGUGGUGUCACCUAUUUCCUCUGGACCGACGUCUUCUCUCCCGACAGCAAGAUUGCGCAUUUCAACCGAGCUGUGGACAAGAUCAGGGCGGACCCGCGGCUGAGAGAGCUCCUGGGUAGCUCGAGAAAGAUUACUGCGCAUGGAGAUGAAACGUUUAACAAGUGGCGUCGAGCCCGACCUGUUGCGUCAACCGAGAGGGUGGACCCCGAUGGUACGCAGCAUCUGAUGAUGCACUUCUUCGUCGAAGGUCCUCUCGACAAUGGUGUUGCGCGCCUUCACAUGGUCAAGCGCCCUAACUGGGGCGAGUACGAAUAUAAGUACCUCUUUGUCGACGUCAAGGGUCAUGAGAGGGUCUAUCUAGAAAAGGACGACGACGCAGCUCGAGGAGGAGGGAGGAAGCAACUGAGCUUCUUCGGAAUCAAGUGGUAG